CAGGCCGACGCCUGGGGCCCGCGCUCCUCCUGUGCGCCUCGAGCGCGGCCGGCGAUAGGCGGCGAGGGCGGGCCGGUGCGCGCCUGCGCGAGAGGCGGCGCUGGGCAGUGAAGUUGGUCAAAGCGCCGGUGUUAAAAUGAAGAACAAGGCUUUGUCUUCCUGUAAUUCUGAAGUGAAAAUUGUCACCAACAAGAAAACUAAAACCUUUUAAAAAUAGGCAUUAGUAGUAAAAUGCUGAAACAAACUUCUGGAUUAGCUUCAUUGGCUUUCCUGCUUCUUUUGCAUCCCAAAGCAUAAGCUUAAAUCGUCUCAGAAGGACAAGGUCCGCCAGUUUAUGGCAUUUACCCAGGCUGGUGAAAGGACUGCUAUAUACUGCUUAAUGCAGAAUGAAUGGAAACUAGAAGUGGCAACAGACAACUACUUCCAAAAUCCAGACUUGUACUACAAAGAGUCCAUGAAAAAUUCAGUAGACCGGAAGAAAUUAGAACAAUUGUAUAAUCGAUACAAAGACCCACAAGAUGAAAACAAAAUUGGCAUUGAUGGUAUUCAACAGUUCUGUGAUGAUUUAAGCCUGGACCCUGCCAGUAUCAGUGUUCUGGUUGUAGCAUGGAAGUUCAGGGCAGCUACUCAAUGUGAAUUCAGUAAAAAGGAAUUUGUAGAUGGCAUGACAGAUUUGGGGUGUGACACCACGGAAAAACUGAAAGCUCUAUUGCCAAGACUGGAACAAGAGCUAAAGGAUCCGAUAAAGUUCAAAGAUUUUUAUCAAUUUACUUUUAACUUUGCUAAAAACCCUGGACAAAAAGGUCUAGAUCUAGAAAUGGCAAUUGCAUAUUGGAAUUUAGUCUUAUCAGGAAGGUUUAAAUUUCUAGAUCUUUGGAAUAAAUUUUUGCUGGAACAUCAUAAAAGAUCAAUCCCAAAAGAUACUUGGAAUCUUCUGUUAGACUUUGGAAAUAUGAUUGCAGAUGAUAUGUCCAACUAUGAUGAAGAAGGAGCGUGGCCUGUUCUUAUAGAUGAUUUUGUGGAAUAUGCACGACCAGUAGUCACAGGAGGAAAGCGUAAAACUUGCUAACCCCAGACUCAUCAAAAUGGACUAAAUGUGCAGUCUGAACUGCAUUAGGUAACGAAGAUUUGUUGGCCAAUAACUGCGCUCACUGUUGCUGGUUUCAGUGGUCAUGAUGAGACUCCAUAGACAAAACUGAAAUUCCUCCUUUCUGCCUAAAGAAAAUGAUGGCUGACUCGUGGACACCUCAAGAACAAACUCGGAAGAUAGUCCAGGCUGUUUGUAGGCUAUUGGCUUCAAUUAUUGUACUGGUUGUAUCAUAUAGGAUGUAGAUUUUGCAUGAUUUUAUACUUUGGAGAAGUUUAACUAGAGGCCAUUUUAUUAAAGUUUUGACAGCACAGCAUGCCAUUCAGUUCAUGAUCCAAAGUGAACACCAGCAGUUACAUGAGUAAAACUGUAUUAUAUUGUACUUAAAUGAAAAGCAGUAUUUGUGAUAUAUAAAUUAAAUCCCUAAAUAAACCUUAUGCAGUAUGUUGUAUUUUUAUAAAAGUUAGCUCUGUGGAUCUGCCCUAAUACAGAACUGUAACAAGAAACUUUUUUUUUUACUUGUUGCUGAGAUUUUAAAUUUAUAUUUUUAAGCUCUUAGAUGUACAGACUGAUCACAUCUAGCCUCUUUUUUUGCCCACUAAGAUUAACUUCCUGAUUAUUACAGUCUUGAAGGUCUUGGACAUGUUACAGUAGCAUUGCUGAGGAAGGACUGCUGCUCUACAUUAUGUUGCAAAUCCAACUUUUUUUUUACUAACCAUUUUAAAGUAGACCUUAAACAAUCAAAGAUGCUUUUAUAAUUCAUGUUUGAUUAUCAUGAUUCAGUUAGUCUUCAAUUAUGUAUUUUGUUUACUUUAUUUUGAAUUAUGAAUUGGUGUGAUUUAAUUUUUUAGGUUUAUUAGUAGCCUGAAACAUAUCAUAAAUUCUAGCUAAAUGCAACAAGUUAUGAAUGCAAUUCCUGAUAUCCCACAAAAAUAAACAUGAAUAAGCCCAAAGACUACUUAUAAAUAAAGUUAGCUCCUGCCUUGGAGAAAUAACUAGAGGUAAGGAGACGUUACGUUACAUUACUGAUGUUAGCCUCUGGAUGUUUUUGUAAUAGAGUUAUUCAGUAACAUUCAUUUAAAAAAAAAAGUAUAUAGAUGCAGUGUUGGAUCAGUUUACACCAAAUCUGAAUUUGUUCAGUCAUUUCCUUCUCCUCUUCUAUCAGCUGUCUGUUAUAAAGCAUAUAGAGGUCAGUCUCUUCUUUCUCAGCAGUGUCUUUCAAUGCCUAAGCACAAGAAAGUUUUACCAGAAACUACUGAAGAUGUUUUCACAUGGGGCUCUUUUAAAUGCUACCUCAUGAAAAUGAGUUUAUCAUAGCCACUGUAAAAGUUUGUUAAAGCAAAGAGUUGUUAAUGAGUAUGUACAGCUAUGAUUAAUAUAUUUUCUGUAAUCAGAGUUGAAUUGAUGCAAGAACUUGGGAGAUGACAGUGCAUUAAGUUAUAUAAUUUAUAUCUAUUUGGAUCACAUAUCAGAUAAUUUAAGUAUUUCAUGACAGGAUACUAUUUUAUUUCAUAAUUGUGAGGAUAUAAAAACUUACGUUCUUCUAAACUCUAAUAUUUAGAGUUUCAUAUAAGCUGGCAGCUUUUAUUUAUGUCAGUGCAGCCUACAAGACCAAAUGAACAUGCUGAGUACAGAAAUACUGCCUUCAUUCUUUCUCCCACUUGAGAGAAUUUUAGUUGUGCAUGAUGCUUAAAAAGUAGGGUGAGGACAGGGCCUGUAUUUGAACAAAUUAGUGACAUAGAAAGCAAGUUACAAAUACCCAUGAGUGAUUUAUUAUUAGUCUGUUUUUUACCCCUAAGGAGUAUUUAUAAAUGUUAUGUCUUGCAUGACAGCCACUAGAUGUCAGUGUCUCAGUCUUUUGAUACCUAUCUCUUUUCUGUGUAGAGAGUUAGUAUGUAAUAUUAACAAAAAAUUAUUGCUUAACUACAUCUCUUUAGAAAGACAUUCAUGUAUGUAAGUCCAGGUAUUCUACAGAAGUCAACUGAGAUUUAAAAAAAAAAAAAAAAAAAAAAAAAAAAAAGUAUUAUUCUGUUUUUAAUGCAUUCCAUUUACCUACCCUUCCCCAGCUAGAACAAGUAAUUUUCAUAUCUCUCCUGUAGGCUUUGGAGAGUAAAUGUGUAACAUCCAAAAAUAUCAACUGCAUUUAUCCAGCCAAAAGCAAUGGAAUGUUUGUUAUUCAGACAAUUGUGACUUAAAAUGUGUAGGUAUAAUAUAACUGAGCAGAAGUAGUUUAAUCUAUUGGUCUGUUAUGUAGCUGAAUAGUUUGCAUAGCAUUAGAGCUUGUGAAACAUUUGUUCAUGUUGAGACCUCUCUCAAAUGAAGCUAAUAAUGAUCCUUUUACCUUUUAAAACAAAUAGAAUAUAAAAAAUGCUUUCUCUCUCUCUCUCUCUCUCUCUCUCUCUCUCUCUCUCUCUCUCUCUCUCUCUCUCUUUUUUUUUUUUUUUUUAAACUGAGGAAGAACUUCCUGAGGGCACCAAGGUUGCUGGACAGCUGGGUCUUGCAUGUGUGUUGAGGUUUUUUUACUUCACCCAUGUUAAUAUGAGGAAGAAGGUGCUCAGGAUAGUUUUCACUUUCUGUACGCAUACAUUUGUUCACUUACUCUUAAGCCUUAUUCCUGUGAGGAUCCUUCAUGGAAAACACCUUCCAGUAGAGGAAGACUGGCCAGCAUACUCUCUUAAGACACAAGUUGCUCCCUAUCAGCCAUGUUAUUCCCCGUCUUCUAUCCAAUUAAGACCACUUAAGAAUUUUACAUUCCCAUAAACAAUAGUAUGGAAUAACACUACCAAGCUUGAGCAAUUAUACAUGUAAAUGCAAAUAACCUGCUUUUAAAUGGUGACUUCGUAUGUAUUUUAAUACUUGCUGCUGUCUGCUGUUCCACCUUGCAGGUGACUGACUUUGCUUUUAGGUAAGCUGGUAUAGUAAUAACACCUAGGCUGAACAAUUUAUAAUCAUAUAUGCUACAGAAAUCUUUGAUUAGGUUUUUCAAUGUAUACAGUAUUAGUUCCUAGAUAUGCUGUAUAUAUUUUUUUAAAGUUGGUGCUAAGUUGUUUGGUUUUACUUAAAGUAUUCAAAACUGAACCAUGGGGUUUGUAUUUGCCAGUUCUAAUUUAAAUGUAAUUUAUUGUGUGUGCCAUGCCAAGGAGAGCAAACCUAUAGGUGUCCACUCCCACAGUGCACCUGAGAUUUGCUGCUGAGUAAGCUGUACAUGUGUAAACUUUGUGGCAAUUGAAAAAGGAAUAAAUGAACUUUCAGCAUAAA